AUGUGCUCGCAGGGAUUCGAGCCAAUGACCGUGGCAUCUGGAAAGACGGGAUCCUCCUUGUCCGAACUCGAAGCCCGGCUGCGGGUGGGCCUGGGAGAUCUCGAGGUGAAGAUGCAGGCCGAGCGGACGGAGCGGGGUUCGGACUUUCUCGCCGUGCGCGAUGACCUGGACCGCCAGUGGCAGGAGCUGAGCCAAGGGCUUGCCACCGCUGCCACGGAGAUGGCGACCAGGGCGGAGAAGGAGCAGCGCGAGGUUCUCGAUGCGCUGGCCGCGGUUUGCUCGGAUAUCGAGCUGGUGAGGGGCCGUCAGAAGGAGAAUGAAGCAAAUAUGGAUCAGCGCUUGGAUCAGCUGCGCAAGGAUCAGGUGGAAAACACGGAGCAAACCUCUGCAUCAAUGUCCACCAAGAUGGCAAGGAUGUCGGGCGAGAUACUCGAGAUGCAGAGCCUGCAGGGGCGCCUGCAAAAGGAGAUCGAAGCGAACCUGAGGGUGGAUCUGCAGCGAUUCGUGGUGGAAGAGCUCCAGGUGCGGCGACUCAAUGAGUUGGAGGCACUGCAGAAGGAGGACAGCAGGCAUCGCGCAGACAUCGACGCCCUCCGCGAUCAGCUGACAUCCGCGCUCGAGGCGCUGCGCUGCGACCAAGCCGCCCUGCGCGAGUCUGCGGAAGCCUCCAACCGGGCAGAGCUCCAGGCCUUGCGCUCGCAAGUCAGCGGCUGGAUGGAGGCGCUCUCCAUUACCAGGUCACAGACUCUGCCACCGCCAGUCGACACCCACGCUGAGGACCUCGAGAAACUCCGCGAGGACCUCAGCGAGGAGUGCGGUGAGCUGGCCGAGAGGCUGGGAGCUGAUGUGGCGACCCUUCGCGCGCAAAUGGCUGAGGGUUUGGCAGAGGUGCGAACCAUGCAGGCCGCCUGUGGUGGCGAUGUUCAGAUGCUCCGCGGUGACUGGGAGUCGCGCUGGAAAGAGAUGAAGGAUGCAGAAUCUGCCAAAGCUGCAGAGAACGCGGUGGAGGCGCCGCAGAGCCCAGUCGCAAGCCCCUCACUCGGCGAUGAAGGCGUGGUGCGUGAGCUCCUCUCCGGCCAGCAACGCCAGGAGACGCAGGUUACCGAGCUGAAGAACAGGCUUGGGAUGCUCAGUCGGGAGAUCGAGGAGCUGCAGAAGCAGCAGCUCGAGUCGCUGCGCGACUCCUCGGCCAUGAAACAGCGGCUGACUGUGCAGGUGGAGCAACUCCGACAGGAGCAGCAGAGCCUCGUGGACCUGGCAGAGUCAGAGCGGCAGAACGGAGGAGACUGGAGCCUCUUCAAGGCGUUUGGUGGCUGCCGAGCACCGGCAGAACCGACGGUUCGCGAGGACUCGCGCCUCCGACCGCCGCCCAGCAAUGCAGCCACGGUGGAGGAGCUGGACUUGGUCCGCACCAGGCAGCAUCAGGAGGCGUUGGAGCUCAAGACCCAGCAGCGAAGCUUCUUCGAUGAGGUACUGAACCAACAAGCCACGAGCCAACAGCAGCUCGCCACGCAGCUGUCGAGCCAACUGGAGGCCGUGCAAAGCCAAUGCACUGCGGCCAUUUCAGGCCUCCACUCGCAGCAGGCCAGCACGCUCGAGGCCAUCCGCCACCAGCAGCGGAGGAUGCAACAGGUUCAGGGCCAGCUCCUGGGAGAUGUCGGUGCCUUGAAGUCACAGCUCGUGGAUUCUCUCCGAGCGCAGCGCUCCUCGAGGAUCUCGGACGGAAUGCAAGGGGGUAGUUGA